CCAUUGUUAUAAAUACGUCAUUGAAUACAAGUAAUUCUCUGAAUACUUGUUAAACACCCAAUAACUACUGCUAUUAUAUUAUCAUUUUAAGUACUAGAUAAGAGUUAUUUCCGGUUCAAUAAAAAAGGCUCGUUUUUGUCUGCGAUACAGUACACAAUUAUACAAUUGAUAUAUCGUGCUAGGUUGAUUUAACAAAUACAAACGAUUAUCAGUAUGGCAUCUCAGGUGCACGAAUUUAAUGUAGAAAUGACAUGUGAAGGAUGUGCCACCGCUGUAACAAAUGUACUUAAUAAGAAGGAAGGUAUUAACAAUGUUCAAGUAGAUCUACAAGGAAACAAGGUGUCUGUGACAUCUGCACUUCCUUCUGAUGAAAUAUUACGAGUUAUUAAGAAAACUGGAAAGUCAUGUCAAUUUUUAGGAAUAAAAAAAUAAUUGUAUUAUAAAUUUAAUGUUACUUUUUGUUAUAUUAAAAUUUAUAUUUUCAUUCUUCUACAAAAUUAUUGUAUUGUAUGUAGCUUUUUACAUUAAAAUCUCAAAUUUUACAAAAAGGGUAUACCUAAAAUUCAUUUUUAUAACACUGUACUGAUAAAUCAAUUUUAAAAUUUGUAUUAUAUUUUGAAAUAAUUAACCUUAAAAGAUACAUAUUAAGUACAAUUUAAAUAUAUAUCUUACAAAUAUUUACUCUUCAAUUAUAUAAUUGAAUAACUUCAUAAAUAAAAUACCAAAAGUUAUUUUCUUAAUUCUUCUUCUAGUAUUGACAAACGUUGUUCUAAAAUGGUAACAGCAUCACUUAAUGAUUGUACUUGCUCAUUAAGUGCAUCUACUAUUUUACUAGAACAUGUACCAGGUGAUUCUUUAGAUAAGUGUGAUAUAUUCACAAUACGCCCUUCUUCAAAAGGUCUUUGAUUUCUCAUAUUUAUGACUUUAUAUUCUAUAUUGCCAUCUAAUACUCCAGUAUCUGGUACUUCACAACGAAGUCUCCCAUUUUUUAAAUUUAUAGUAUCAAAUUUCUCAUGUAAUGACUAAAACAAUAAAAUGUUUUAAGUUAUAAAAUAUUA